AGCCACUGUGACCACAGCAUCCCAGGAGACAGUGUAGAGAAACAAGUAUUAUGAGUGCAUCCUCCUCCAAACCAGUGUCAGGACCAAAGAUGUUCCAACUUGGGAGCCUUGUUGUCCUUUGUGGCCUGCUCACUGGGACCUCAGCAUCACUUUCAGAAUUCAUUCAGAAGCUGGAUGUGCCAGUCAACUUCAGUCAGAAAACUGAGCAUCAGGAAAGGACAAUUGAAAACAUUGUACUUCUUUACGACUCAAUGACUUUGAGAAGAUUAAAUCACUCUUUUUAUCUGAAUAAUAUGAGGGAUAUAUUCAGUGGACAGGAAAAGAGGGACUUGCAAGCUGGCCUGUCUUCCAACGACAACAGCACAGAGAUGAAGAUGAUCCUGAUUGUGGAUUCUUCUGUGUAUCUGUGA